AUGAAAGAGUUGGUGACAAAUCAACCUACUAUGGGAUACAAUAGUUCAUUUGUCACCAAUAACAACAAAGAUGCAGGUACCAGCAGUAUCACAGGUGACAACAACUCAAGGAGAUACGCCAUGUUCAGCACUGAAUGGAUCUCUGCCAUCGGCGAGGAGCUGGGCAUGCAUCCAUUGCCAGAUCCUCUCUUACAAAGAUUAGCCGAAGAUGCUUCCUAUCGUUUGAGAGAAGUUAUACAUAAAUGUGUUACAAGACUGAGACACAGUAAGAGAAAACGCUUGACGUCUAUGGACGUAAACACUGUAAUCACCAGCUUAUGCGAUGGCGAUCCAGUUUUUGGUGCAUCAGAAUCUAUGCCGGAGUAUCAUACGGAGGCGAAGGUAUAUGUGCCUAGCGAAUCUGUCGUUAAUCUCACCAAUCAGUUAAAUGAUCCAUUGAAUUUGACGCAAACUAAUGUGCCGUUUCUACAAGAAUCGGAGAUAUGUGAUAUGAAGCUUAUAGAAGCACGUCAUAAUUAUGCCAAACGUGCAUUGAAAACUUUAUUCAAUGGUUCACAGAAAACUUUUCAGGUUUUACUUAAUGACUGUGCCACUAAUGUGCACUUAGGUGAUGAGGGUGUUAUCGACAAGUUGAUGUCUAUUGCUAGGUCUAUGGUAAUCUCGAAUAACGCACAAUAUACGCGUGUUUCCACGCGGACGUGUCAACUCAUAAUUGCCAUUGCUAGUAACAGCGAAGCUGUCUAUCCAUAUCAUCUAAUCUCGGUGGAUAAACUAACGGAAUUAUUGCUGGAAUUGUUGCUGGGCCAGAGUUUCAUACAUCCAAAUUUAGAGGUGCUUUUCAAAGAGUGCGCGCUUAAAUUGAUGCUUCGCUGGCCGUCGAUUGCCGACAAGUAUAUACCAACAUUGCAGAAUGUCCUUUUAAAAAGCGAAACAGAAAGCAUGGAUCUCUACAAAAAAAGGAUAAUGGCAGUGGAAUUGUUAGCGAGUAUUCAGCCUCUUAUAUUUUUCCAACACGAAGCCUCACAUACACUUUCAAUACAAAAUGUUUUGUAUUAUUAUGCUUCAUGUGGCUCGAUUAUUUGGCAGCGAAUGGCUUUAGCCGUUUGUGCCCUCGUAAAAUCGCAGAGUCCUUCUUUAGAUCUCGCCCCCUUGAUUGAGCAUUACGGAGAUUCAUUAUUACCUUAUUUACCUGCUAAUCACGAUGACAAUGCGAAAGAGAGGAGAGAUAGAAAAAUUGGUACACUUCCUAUCAUUAUCAAAGGGAGGAUGAAGUACAUUAAAGUUAGGCUUAACAACAGAAUGCUAUGGGAUCGACAAACGGCGUUUCCGGAUUCGACUCUAAGAGGAUCAAGGAAGGAGAUAACAUUUGCGUUCGCUGGUAGUCGUCCAGUUCCACACAAUAAUUUAAGACGUAUCCGAUUAAGAGCUAAUUAUCAAGUUUUAAAGAGCGACUUUCACGCCACUCUCGCUCUAGUCGCAUCACGCAGAUUACUUGUGAUUAAAGAUAAAAAGAAAGGUCCCUACAAUUUUUAUAAUCUGGCAAAUGUUUGUUUGUAAUUGAUAUAUGAAAACCAAUAUAGGCUUUAUUCAAACGUUUUUAGCAUGUACAACACGAGUGUGAUUAUUUGUUUUAUAUUAAAUAUUAAUUAUAGCUGUAAAUCGUUUCUAUUAAUUAAAAAACUUAGAGAUUGUCAUUGUAUUUCUUUUUUACGAAACUUCUUUUACUUUUAUUGUAUAUGAUUUCUAGAUACCAAUCUUUAUUAUAGUAUCUUGUCAAUCUUAUAUUAUUUUCUAUGACGCGAUUGCUGUCCGCGUCACUUAAGACAAAAGAAGUUCCUAAAAGUUUUUAUGUAAACUUUUACUUUUAUCUUAAAUUAAUAUUUUUUUGUAAAUUAUGUAAAAAAUUAUAUGUAUUCAGUGCAGGGAGGAUUCUUCUAAAUUAUGAGUUAUAUUUCUACAAUUUUUUUCUAAAGACAAUCCUGUAGACCCUGCGGUAGCUCCGUGUGUACCGAAUAAUGUGAGUUGUUUAGGGACGUGGGACGAGUGUGUAUUCUAAUUGGUAGCUAAAGGAAGUUAAUAAAACAUUUUUUAAUUUGUA